GCGACGGUUCCAUUGUGGAUGUUCAACACUUUAUUAAGGGGAAGCAAUAUUCGAUUGCACUCAGCAAAAAAAGUUGAACCGCUUCCACGGCGGACACAGUGUCUGUGAUUUCCGCGUUCAACCACACAAACGUGUUUUGAAUGAAUCAGCGAUUUAGAGGACAAGAAGUCUUCCGGAAUGAGUUAAGUUUCAUUUCUGGUUGGUGCCACCGGGUGUUUCGUUUCCUCGUAAAUUACGGUAAACGCUUUAACUUUCGAUUUCGUCGACGAGGGUGACGUGUGGAAACUGGAGAUGAUAAGAGGAGGAGAGCGAGUUGGACCGCACAGACCCAUCGACAUGCUGCUCCCAUGAAUGAGCAUUCCUUGGAAAGAUGAGUGAGCACACGAGGAGGAAAUCCAGGAAGUCCUUCGGGCCAACAGCACCGCCCUUCAUCGACUAUCUGAAGGAGGUUCUACGCCGCUAUCCUGAUGGUGGGCAGAUUUUAAAAGAACUGAUUCAGAACGCGGAUGACGCAGAAGCUUCUAAAGUAGUUUUCAUCCACGAUGAGAGAAGCUAUGGCACAAAGGAUCUGUGGACGGAAUCUUUGGGGAAAUACCAAGGCCCAGCAUUAUACGCCUACAACAAUGCAGCGUUCACUGAUGAAGACUGGGCGGGAAUUCAGUCAGCAGGGCGAAGCGUCAAGCGUGACGACCCAAACAAAGUGGGGAGGUUUGGGAUCGGCUUCAACUCUGUCUACCACGUAACAGAUGUGCCAAGUGUCUUCAGUUCAGGGCACCUUGGCUUCAUGGACCCUCAAGAGAGAAUAUUUGGGGAGCGGGAAGUUGGCUUCCUGUGGUCCUUAGGAGAUAAAGACGACCGAGAUGUUCUCAUGAAUCUUCAUGAUCAAUUUCAGCCCUUUCGAGAUAUAGUGUCUUUUCUAAGUGGGACCCAGUGGAAGGAGAUCAUCGAGCAGCAUCAGCACUUCCAUGGGACCAUUUUCAGGUUCCCUUUACGAAACGAAGCCUCAGAAAUUUCUGAUAAUCUUUAUGACUCCGAGAAGGUUUCAGAACUUUACGAGAGCUUCAUUGGAGACGCAGACCUGAGUCUCCUUUUCUUGAAAAAUGUGACCAGCGUGUCUUUGAUACACAUCGACGAAAAUGGUUUUGCUGACACAAGACUCACACUUCAGUCCGAAGAAGAGCCCAUUUUGGAAAGUCGCGCCGAUCCAGUCGUCAACAGUGCGACAAGGUUCAGAAGAAUUCGCAAAAAUGAACAAGAAGAAACAAAGUGGCUUGUGACAAGUUGCACCAUGAGAGAGGGUGUCGUCGAAGCACUUGACUUACUCGGGAAAAAGUUGAGCUUUUUCCCUCGGGUUGACUUGGCCUUUCCUUGUGCUGAGAGGAGGAGUGGGGGUCGAUUGAGCUGCUUUCUCCCGCUUCCGAACAACGAAAGCAACAAGACGGGCUUCCCUGUGAAUGUCAACGCCUGCUUUGGUCUCACAGACAACAGGAGACACAUCAAGUGGCAGGAGGAGGACCAGAAAAAUGACCAGCAUGCUCUGUGGAACGAGCUGCUGGUGAAGGAGGUCCUUCCCCGCUGUUACGAACUCAUGAUCCAAGACGCUAUAAAACUGGCUCAAGGCGACGGCUUCUCAGUCGCCGCUGUGUAUGACAUUUGGCCUCAUAUCGCAGAGAUGCAACACAAGGAGAAAUGGUGUCCCAUCGCGCGCAAUGUCCUCGAUCGUUUGUUCAGUCAGAACGCUGCUGUCCUCUCUCUCGCCAAAGACCAAACAGAGUUUGUCUCCCCCUCGGAAGCCGUGUUUCCAUGCAACGGCCCGACAAGCCCCAAGGUGCUGGCUGCCAUUCAGAAGUCUCUGGUUUCCCACGGAGAGAAUCUCGUCGAGUUACCAAGUUCAAUCUUGAAAACUAUGAUGGACGUCUAUCCGGAGUUCUGGACACUGAAACACGUGACUCCAGCGUUUCUCAGGAAGAAUCUCCAGAGGCUCGGGGUCUGUGGUCUCACAAGGGAGGAGAAGCUCUUCCUUCUGGAGUACGUCUUGAGUGACGGACAAUAUGAAGGACUCAGGGACCUGGAGCUGUUGCCCCUCAGCGACGGCUCCUUCAGAUGCUUCUCAGACAGAGACGAAGAUGCUGCUUUGGUCGACAGUGAGGAAUUCCCAAGACUCUUGCUGCCGUUCCGCAAAAACAUGUUCAUUUCUGAAGAUGUCAGCUCAUCCUCCAAGGCCCACCUGAACCAACUAGCCCAAACAGGACUGUUCAAGGUGAUCAACCUCGAUGCAGAGAAGGUGGUGGAGUUGACCAGGCGACACAUGCCGGAGGAAUGGAAGCAGACCAAGCUGAGGAUUGUCUCCUGGGACGUCCACAACACCUCGCAUCCACCUUUGGCCUGGCUUCCGGAAUUCUGGAAAUUCCUCAACGCUCACUUCAAAGAGUUAAGAGGACUCACUGACUUGCCUUUGAUACCAGUCAGUCCAUUGUCCGCCAGUCAGCCGGUUUCUCUUGCUAAAUUAAGUCUGAAAACCACACUCAUCUUUCUGCGUGACAAACAGACAAACCUGCCAAAACCAAUUGUCGAGCUGAUAGACCGUGUUGACGGGACAGUAGUGACAGGGAACGAGUGGCUCAAGCAUGACGACCUAGAUUCUUUCAUUCUCUGCCCAUCUGCCAGCAGCGUCAUGAAAGUGUUGACUCAUUUAGACUUGCCUCAGCUCGUUCGAUCUUUUGAGUCUGUCUCUGGCGAUGCACGUCAACAACUGAAAAACUACUUGUCCGGUCUGGACUCCCUCUCGGACAGGGAGAGGGAGGUGUGCUUCAGUCUGCCGCUCUUCCAGAACAUAAAAGGCUUGUAUGUUGGAGCUCAGUCCAAACGGGCUGUGUGCUCAGAUCCUGGUCUCUCGCUGCCAAGAGAACUCCCUCUGCCAGACUCUGUUGUAGUGUGUACAACGGAGGCCGAUCAAAGGCUUAUGCAAUUGUUGAGUUGUGAAUUGUUAAAACCAGCUAAGUUGGCAGAGCAGCUCGUGCAACAAGUAGAGCAGGGCCUCAACAGAGAGCAGAUCAUGACUUGGAUACUACAGCAUGGCAGUCUCCUGUUUGCCCAAAACCAGACACUUAAACGUAAAUGUGCAGACUUGAGAUUCAUUGAAUUGAAUGGAGGCGUGAAAAAGACCUCAAGCUUUUUGGAUCCUAGAGUUCAGACUUUUAAUGAGCUGUUUGGGGCAGAGUUCUCUCCACCUGACACAUACAUGAAGACCCCACAAAUGGUAGAGAGCCUGAUCAAUCUUGGAUUGAUAGUCAAAGAAGGGGACGUGGCACCACAGCACUUGCUCCAUGUAGCCGAACAGAUAGUCAAACUGCAAGCUCAGUCUCCAAGUGAGGCCCGAAAAAAAUCGGUGGCCCUCUUGAACCUGUUGGAUGUCCACAACCUACUGUCAAAGUUUUCUGAGCAAGAGCUCAGUCGUCUUAAAAACCUCAAAUGGGUCAGCAUCGCCGAACGCAGUCACGGCCAAAAGAGCCCAACGUUCUUCUGUCCAAAUGAAGCGAGACAUCCUGUGUAUGAGGACAUUGUUGGACACGUCAUGCCCCUCAUUGGAAACCUCAGUGACAAGGUCAGCUGUGCCCUUGGCCUCAAGUGCUUGCCUCCACCAGAGACGGUGAUCCAGAACUUGAUGCAUUUGACUUCAAAAGCAGAGACCAUGGCAGACCUGGAUACAAACGUGGAUUUUGAAAGACAACUGCACAGCAUCUACAAACACAUGCAAGAGCAUGCAUCAAAAUUUACCACCAUUUUGAGCAAGGACACGCCCUGGUUGUGGAACCAAAACAAGUUUGUCUCGCCGCAAGACUUAGUUAUGGAUCACCCGCCUGGUCUAGAUCUCAGUUCCAGGAUUGGGAAACUGCCAAAAGAGUUUCGACCCUAUCAGAACUUGCUCCGGAGUUUUGGUCUCCGGGACAGUCUGUCUGAUCAAGAAGUUGUUGAGCUACUGUUUUCCAUAGCGAAAGCUACUGAGGAAGAGGCUGCUUCCGUCGCAAGUCCAGCUGACAUCAAGGUUUCUGUAGAAAUUCUGAACUGGCUCCGGAGAGAGAAAAAGAGCGUUCAGCGAGACGUCCCAGUUCCAGUCAAGGCAGAAGAGGGAAAAUACAUCUUUAAACCUCGGUCGAUGGCCGUCUUCUGUGAUGUAGGCCAGAAGGGUUUGGAAGAGCUGACCUUGAACAAUGAAAAGAUUUAUGUCACGCAUGAGGAAAUAGUCAAAGUGACAGCUGAAUGGCUCGGCAUUCGACUACUGAGUACCCACAUCCUCAAGCCAGAGCUGGUGGGCAUUGAACAAUGUGGUCAGUCAGAACCAAUUACAACCAGAAUCAAAAACAUUCUAAAAGAGUAUGAUGAGGAGAAAGACAUCUUCAAAGAGCUCAUCCAAAAUGCAGAGGAUGCCGGAGCAAAGUCUUGUAAGUUUUUAGUGGAUAACAGGGUGCACUCAGGCAGGACGGAGGGCCUCAUUGACCCAGGGAUGGCUCCGAGUCAAGGACCAUGUUUAUGGGCCUUUAACAAUGAACAGUUCACACCUGAAGAUUGGAAGAACAUCGUCAGAGUGGGGUCUGCCUCAAAGGAGAACCAGUCGGAAAAGAUUGGGAAAUUUGGACUUGGUUUCAACGCUGUGUAUCACGUGACAGACCUUCCCUCGAUCCUGAGUGGGAAGCAUCUUCUCAUUCUGGACCCCAACGUGACCCACCUGAAGGAUCACAUAAAACACAAAACCAAUCCUGGCAUUAAGCUGGACCUCUCCCAUGAGACACUUCUCAAGUGCUUCCCUGCUCAGUUUGCCCCAUAUGAGAACAUCUUUGGUUGUAGCUUCACCAAGUCAAGACCACCCGCACCCUAUCACGGCACUCUUAUCAAGCUACCCUUCCGUACAGAGGCCGAGGCCCAUGAGUCAGAGAUAUGCCAGAAAGUGUUUGACAAACACAGAGUAAGUUUGUUUCAGGACCACUUGAAAUCAAAAUCACAAACACAUCUGCUGUUCCUCAAGAACAUAAACACUUUGACUUUGAAAAAUCUUUCCAAGGACGCCUCCACUCCACCUCUGGAGGGGGAGUUUGAAACUCUCCUUGCCCUCUCCAAAACCACAGAGUUCACCAUGCCUGUCCCAGAUGAUACGUUCAAGUCAAAGCAACAGAAUGCCGUGCAGCUACUGCAGAAGCUUGACAGAAAAUGUCAAGAGAUCAUUGAAUGUUACUCUGUCGAAAUGGUCAAAAUAGCCAGCCAGCAAUCAGGCGACGAGCAGUUCUGGCUUCGGUAUAAUUGUUUUGGAACGAAUCAGUCACUGAAAAUUGUCUGCGGAAAUAACACAGAAGCAAAGUUCUCAUUGCCGAUUGGUGGAAUAGCUGUGCCUUUGAAAAGAGACCAAGUAACAAAGAAGUUCCAUCCAACUGACAGUGAACAUUCUGGACAAGCAUUUUGCUUUCUUCCACUUUCCAUUCACACUGGACUCCCGGUGAACGUCAAUGGAACAUUUGCUGUGACAAGCAACCGCAAAGGUCUUUGGGCAACUGGGAUAAAACAUGAGUGGAAUGCAGCUCUUCUUCAGGACCCUCUUGUGACUGCAUACGUCACCGCCCUUGAUGUUCUCAAGAGAAUGUCUGACAGUGAACAGUUGGCUAACUACCGUUACCACACUUACUGGCCUGAUCGACAGAAAGUCAGUGACACCUUCAAACCGCUGGUGGAUAUGUUUUACUCCACCAUUUCGCAACACUCCUUUGCCCUGAAGCUCCUCAGCGAUGGCCAACACUGGUGCUCAAUGGAGGACGCCAUAUUCCUGCACAGCAGCAUUCAAGAGGACAAAAAUAUCGGUGCCCUGGUGAUGCAAAUUUGUCAAACUUACACAAAAAAUGUGGUUCAGCUUCCAUUGUGGUUGAGAGAAAGCUUCCGAUUGGCCGGUCUGGAAAAGAUUCUGCAGGAGAAAACAUGGAACUGGGAAAGGUUUUAUCAAAGAGUGGUGUUUCAGAACCUCCUUUCCCUGGACACUAAGAGUAAGGAUUCUCUGGUGCUGCAUGCCAUUGACCUGAACAUCAAAGAGCUUGAUAAUCUGUUGCUUCGCUAUCCAUGUAUCCCAACCACAGAUGGACAGUUGCAGUUCAUCCAGAAACUUGUGAAUCCAUCUGGAAGAGUGGCUUGUCUUUUUGAGGAAAGUGAAGGAAGAUUGCUUGGUGGUUCAACAACAGACUACCGCUCUCCAAAGAGGGUCAAACGCUUGAUAGAGCUGGGAAUGGCCAGUGACAGUCUUGCAUUAAAGGACAUUGCGGAAAGAGCCAGACUGGUGAACAGCACCUGGAACUCUGACCGAAGGAAAGCCUACGGACACGUAGAGUGCCUUCUUGAGCUCUUGAGAGGCCAGAGCAGUGAAGAUCAGGCGGGGUGGCAAGCUUUGAGGGAAACUGAAUUUCUUCCAGCCUUCUCUCCCGGCGAUGUAAGAAUGGAGGGAUCCCCAAAGUUUAAGAGACCAACUGAUGUUUUCAACAAGAAAUGCUCCUUCCUGGUGAACAUGACACAGCAUGUGCUUGAUCAAGUGGGCCUGAAAAUACACAUCAAUGACCCCCUCCUUCAAUUCUUGGGAGUCCAUGACAGUCCAAGCCCAGAGAUGGUGCUUAAUCAACUGGAGGAGGUACAAAAACGAUCUCAGUCCAUUGACAGGACCCGCUGUCACGAAAUUGUCCGGGAAUGUUACAAGUAUCUGGACCAAUGGCUCUGUGAUUCCAAGAAUCCCACCGCUAUUUCACACAAAGCAAAGUCGUUCCCAUUUGUUCUUGUUGGCCAUUCGUUUGUCAAUGUGAGUUGUGUUGCAGAAGAAGCACAGUUUGAGGCGAAACCCUACCUGCAUGUCCUCCCACCUUCCUUUGCCAAUUUCAGGAAUCUCUGGGAAUGUGUUGGUGUCGAGAAGACCUUCACAACUCGCCAGCUGCUGACAGUGCUCCAGGAAUUGAAGGGGAAACAUGGCAACUAUCCUCUGCCCAAAACGGAUCUCGCAAUUUGCCUAACAAUUCUGAGAGGAAUUCAUUAUGGUGCCGAGGAAAUGCCGGACAACAUCCUGAUUCCAAACACCAGUGCAGUUUUGCAACCAGCGACAACUCUUUUUUUCAACGACAGCCCAUGGAUGCCAAUCGCACCCAACCUCACACUGAGUCAUGAGGACAUCCCACGAAAUAUGGCCCUCCAUUUCGGAAUACGCACCACGAGGCAUCACACUCUACAAAACCAUGUCGCCAAAAAUAUGUCCCCUUAUGCCUUUGAGUUUGAACAGCACGAGGAACUCACUCAGCGAAUUAAAAACAUCAUUUCGGCAUAUCCCUCCAAGAAGGACAUUCUCAAAGAGCUGAUCCAAAACGCAGACGAUGCGGAGGCAUCUGAAAUCCACUUUGUAUGGGAUAGAAGAGAACAUGGUACAGAAAAAACCUUUGGAGAAAAAUGGAACUGUCUCCAGGGCCCAGCACUGUGUGUGUACAACAACAAAGUAUUUUCUGAUGCCGACUUGAAGGGGAUUCAGCAAUUGGGGCUUGGCGGGAAACAGAAUUCCCCAGGCAAGAUAGGCAAAUACGGAGUUGGGUUCAAUUCAGUUUACCAUCUUACUGACUGCCCCUCGAUCAUAACCGGAGACAGUCUGCUGUGCAUCUUCGAUCCAAAUCAAACCUACAUUGAGAGCCAGUCGGAAAAACCUCCUUCAGGUAUCGGUUACAACUUGGCUGAAACACUGAAGGAAAUGUACCACGAUAUCUACAAGUCCUUCCUCCCUGACAAAUUCUGUCUCAAAGAGGGCACCAUGUUCAGACUGCCUUUAAGAAACAGCGACAUGGCUGAUAGCUCCAGAAUACACAACAGGGAAGUGAGUAUCGCCGACAUGACAGAGCUGUUCUUGGCCCUCACUGAGAACCCAGAGGGACUGAUAAUGUUUCUGAAAAACAUCAGAAAAAUAGAACUACAUGAAAUCACAGAUGACUCCGGAUCACUUCAACGUCGAUUUUCAGUGGAAAAGUCUGUACCAGAGGCUAGCAGAGAAGAAAAGGACAAUUUUGUCAAAGGUCUUAAAGCCGCAGAGCGAUCUCCCACAUCAGUAGCAGCAACCAAAGCUAUUUACGAAUCAGUGAUUUCCUCUUCAGAUGGACAGGAAAGCAAGUGGAUCAUUGCAGAACAGUUUGGCAGUGACGUCCAAGUGGGGCCAGCAGGCAAAGUUCCUCAGGCAGCAAUAUCAGUGCGAGUGAGUGUCAAAAUUUCAAGGUCCAAAUCAGAGGCCAACACUGUUGGUGUCUUUAAGGGUGAGGCUUUCUGUUCUCUACCUUUGCCAGGCACAACAGGUCUGCCUGCACACAUUCAUGGCAACUUUGAGGUGGAUUUUGCCAGGAGAAGCCUCUGGAAGGAGGAUGGGCAGAGUGGCAAGUUAAACUGGAAUGAGUCUUUGAAGGAGAAAGUCAUCGCUCCUCUCUAUGCAGACCUCCUUCUUCACACCAGAUGCCAAUUGCCAAAUCAGAAAGUUGGACUUUCGGGUCUUGAGUCAUAUUUCAGAAGCACCUACCUAUGUUUCUGGCCAGUCGUUACUGAAUCUGUUUCCCCAGAGUGGCAUGAAAUGAUUCACAGUGUGUACAGAUCGAUUAAAGAAAGAGACCUUCCUUUGAUUCCAGUGAUGAAAAGCUCAACACGUGUCACUGCUAACCGAACGUAUCGAGUCUACUCCUUCGACUGGUGUGGCUUAACAGGGUUUGGAGAAACCGAGAGGCCAUACCUGACAGACGGCGAUGGGGACUUUAAUGCCAUUUUGGAGGAUCUUGGAAUGAAAUUGGUCCCAGUUGAAAUGAAAAAAAUCUGGCAAGGAUUUCAAACGGCAGACAUAAAGGUGAACCACGUUGGACCUCCAUCAGUUCGGGCUUUCCUCAAAGUGAAACCCCUUAAUGAUCCACAGAAAACGACGGGAAACUUGCCUCUGCCCAUUAAACAGACGCUGAUCAGAAGCCAUGAAAGAUGGAACACGCUUCUGGGCUACUGCUUACAAGAUUUGCGCCUCAAAAAAGUAACGCAGGAGGAUUGCGCUUCACUGGUCGGGAUGCCGCUUCUGCUCACAUGCGACAAUGUUUUAGAAGUGUUCAGCACUGAUGCUCCGAAGCUGCACUCGAGGUACAGCAGUUUGUUCUGUGGCUAUGAGUCACACUUUGUCCACAAUGAACUCGACAGCAAACAUGUUUCAACCUUACAAAACUUCAAGCUCAUCUCUAAGGUGACUGUUCCCGCUGUGGCAAAAUGGCUGAAGGAAACGAUCCAGGGCCUACUGAAGUACUGCGUGCUGGAGCCACAGACUGGUCUUCAUAUUCCGAAUGAAACAACCCUCACAUGGUUGAAAACUCUUUGGAAGUUUUUUGCAAGUCACAUGUGUGUGAAGAGAACAGAUGGCACACCAAGCCUGACGCUGAAAGAUGUUCAGCAGCUCUUCAGCGACGCCUGCAUUUUGCCUGUGGUGUGUCCGAGGUUUGGACGCCAACCUUUCCUUGCCAAAAUCAAGGACAUGUCCAGGGUGCUGUGGCAUGAUUCGAAAAACCAAAUCUCAGAAAUCCUUCUCAAAAUGGGCACAGUGCAGUAUAACUGCAUGCUUUUUGUGGAUGCAGAGAAGGAUUUGAUUUUUCAACUACACACAGAACUCUUGAAGGCAGAUGAUAAAUGCGCUGUGUUGGACCACAUCUACAACCUCAGCCACUCUGAGUUCUCCCAUCUGUCCAGAGAUGACACAGAAGCACUUCAAAACUACCUUCAAUCAGGUGUCUCGAGCGCUGAUGACACCCAAGACUAUCUGAGGAAGCUCAAGUGUUUACCAUUGUUUGAGACCAUACACGGCGAGCGAGUCAGUAUCGGUGGGCCUAAGGUUGUGUUCGUUCUUAGCAUCAAUGAGAGCACAAGAACAGACUUUCCAAAUCUGUUUAACCUGGCAGUGAGCGACAGUGUUUUCCUCAAUAACAACCCAGAGAACUGCAAACUGGCACAACUGGCGGGCAUCGAAAUCCUCACCCAGAUGACGUAUUUCAUGAAGUUCAUUCUGCCCCGAGCACAUGAACUCAAUCAACAGCAAAUGACUCAGUGUCUCAGACUCGUACUGCUGUUGCAACGUGAAUUCCAGUACAGCGAGCACAAGAACAGCGUCAUUUCCAAACUGAAAUCGCUGAAAGUGAUAUGCAGUUCUGAGGGCAACAUGGAGAGGGCAGCAUACUACUUUGAUGAAGAUGUGGACAUAUUCAAGGCCAUGUUGCCACCAGAAAGGUUCAUCCCUCAAACAUUUUGGUCAGAUUUCUGUGAUCAGAACUACUUCCGCAAACAAGAACUCAAAGCGUUACUCAAAGAACUUGGCAUGAGGCAUUGCGUGUCGAAAGAUGACAUUAUCGGUUUCGCCAAAGAGAUAGAAGCGCAGGCAAAAGAACAGUUCCCUCCAGAAGAAUUGAAAAAGAAGUCCAACUUGGUUUGCAAAACUGCCGUGCAAAUGGCCACCAUGGAAACAACGGAAGAAGAACCGCUGCUGGGCAGCAUCGCAGACAUAGAGUUUGUCUUCCCAGUGCAAAUAACAACUGAACUGUGCAACUACCACCCACCAUUCAGAUCUCCAGACAUCCCUGUCAAAAUCAAUGGAUCCUUGAUAGAAAGUAACAGAAAGCAGCAGCAGCUUAUUUGGUCAUCAAUGCCCAUCAUCAGAGUUCCACUUCAUGGCUCAGAGAAAAUCCUGACAAACGCUGGAGCAGUCGAACUCCCACCGCCAGAAUUCAUCGUCCAAAACUUGAGCAACAUCUGUCAGUCGCCUUGUGAAUCAGAACCUCUCCUGAAGACCCGCGCUGAGGUGUUCAAGUACUCGUACGAACAGUUGCAAGCCACCGGCUUUGAAGGCCGACCUUUGGACGGCCUCCCUGUGGUUUUGGUAGAAAAGGACACGAGGCUCGUGAGAGCUAGGGACACCUCACUCAAGCUCGAGGAUGACCUUGACUUCAGACCAUAUUUCUACAUAAUUCCGCCCAAGUAUGUCGUGUGCAAGGAGUUCUUCAUGGAAAUCGGGGUGAGGGAAGACCCGACAGUGGAGCAGUAUUGCAGUGUUCUGGCUGCAGUACAUGCCGAUUCCAGCGCUAAAAAACGACUCCACCUGAAUCAAGAGAAAACUGUCCGACGUGCCACUCAGCAGUUGUUUCAUUUGAUCAAGGAAUCUCAACAAACCCAGUCUCUGUUUCAGAACGUGCAGCGAUUGUACCUCCUUUCAGUGGACGGGAACGUGUGCCCCUCAGACUCCCUGUAUUACAACGACACUGCCUUUAAGAGGGAACGAUUGGAAAACGCCCUGCGAAACAGAUACCAACUGCUGAAGAAUUUAUCCGCAUGCUAUUUGGGUCUUGAUCCUUAUGAGCACAGGCGAUUGGUGCGUUUACUUCCUGAAGCACUUCGACCCAUGAUGUUGUCUCAUUUGACAGAGGAGAAGCUUGUGGAGGGCAACCAGGAUCGGUGCGAGCUUGGGACAAGUUGUGAAUUUAGUGGAUGGUUUGAUCGACACUUGUCCUCGGCAUGCUUCCGCUACGGGCUGAUAUGUCUGAUUCGAGCGCAUUCACAAGGUCAGGUGACACACGAAGAGGCGUCAGAUCUGUGUAACAAGCUCUUUGGAAGCAUUCAGAUCGUUUGCUGCAGAAGCCUGAGGACGGAGCUGUGGAUGCAGGGCGAAGCUCUGCCCGACACCGUUGCAGAGACCGACGUUCUUGUCAAGCGAGAGCCAUUUGGGUGUAUUUUCUUCCUCAAACACAGUGGCACCACUGGUCUGAAGGAGAUGAAUGAAAUCAUUUUGACCCUGACAAAGGAGAUCUCAUCCCUCUUAGGUGACAGUAUUGCAGAAACACACCACACAGUUAUUGGGCUACUCCUGAUGUGUGAGAGCCCAGAGGACGUCGAGAAGACAUUGGAAAAGCAUGAGAUCCACCAUAGCGCAGAAAGUGAUCGGCCCAGCACGGCAGCACCAGGCAUGGAGAUUCCAGAGGAAUGGCUGGACAGUUUGGACAUGAAUGUCCUGAACAACUAUGAAGAAGGAGAAUAUGUUGGCUACUACACAAACGACAAGUACGUGUACGCAGUUGUUCUGGAGGAAAUACCUGGCUCCACGGGUCUAUACUCUCGGCGAUUCAUCAUCGAUCUCGGAGACGACGAGCCAAAAGAAGUAAGCUGUCUCGACAUAUACCAAAUAAAAUGUGGGCAGAACCUAAACGUUGAAGAAAUGGCAUCUGCAUCCUCUUCCAUGGAGAUGCAGCUGGUGGACGGAGCGGUGCCACACGCUCCCCCGCCCAACCCUCAAAGACCCCCUCCAAGAUCCUCACCUACAAGUUUGGAAGAAGCUAAAAAAGAAAUCGAUGAAUGUCUGGCUGAAAUCUGGACCCUUCCUGAGGAGGAAAGAUGCAAAGCCAUCAAACGAUUGUACCUUCGAUGGCACCCCGACAAAAACCCAGACUGCCAACAGCUCGCCACUGAGGCGUUCAAGUAUCUAAAGAAUAGAAUCAAGGAGCUAAGACAAGGGAGGAACUCAACUAACCACCAAAGUUCUGGAUUUUCAGCAUCUUCACGGAGUCACUUCAACUUCGAAGGCUUCAACUUCAGGCACUUUUACGACACAUGGGAUCAAGAAGCCCGACACCACAGAACCCACCGAGAGAAUUUCACCCGACGGAACCGCUCGUACGACUUUUGGAGCCACCACGGAAACGUCCCGAGGGCUGACCGAGCAGAAGCCCGGCGCUGGAUUCGACAGGCACGGUGUGAUUUAAAUGCAGCUUACCAUGACUCGGGAAAAAGCACAGAGUGGUGUCUUUUCAAAAUCCAUCAAGCUGUAGAAAAGGCUCUCAUCGCUGCCGAGCUCAGAAGAAAUGGUAAACGUCCAGAGGAAGCCUCAAUUUUAGGUCUUGCUCAAAAGGUGAAGCCGUACAGUGACAAACUGACCCGCAUGCCGGCGCUCGUGCAAGAGCUGAUGGACCUUGGUGUGGAUGCCAAGAGAACUCAAUACCCCAACUGCCAUCCUUUCCCACUCAUCCCCAAUGAAACGUUUGCAACCCAAGACGCCACCCGCGCACUAGACCAGGCCUCGGUCCUGCUCAACGACGUGGUCAAUUACGUUAACUGAGGAACCGCACACCUUUCACAGACUAGCUAGGUAGCUCAAUCAAGUCGGGAAUUUAAGGUGAAUAAUCGCUGCUUUGGAACCUGUUCUAAUUUCGAGAAGUGUCUUUAAUAUGAGCAUGUUACAUGAAUCCUGUUCUUCAUUAUUGUCAGUUAAAUAUGUCCUUACAUGUUACGCUUAAUAUUCCUGUGUUUUUGCAAAAUAACCUGACGGUUCUGUGCAACCACAUCUGUGAGCACCAUUAAACUUACUGCACAACUGAU